CCCAACUUGUUUGGAGAAGGUGCUUGGGAGAAAGCAGAAGUCACUUGGGACUGACAUCCAGAGAGAGUUCAGUGUUCGUGGUUAGCGUCGUUCUGCUGGAAGGUGGCCAGGCAAAGGGUCUUGAGUGCGGAACCAUCCCAGAGCGAGGAGGCAUUUAACAUUCUCCUUCGUGCCCAUCAGGAGAGACUGAAGCAGGAUCUGCACUUUACAUUCAGGCUGACCCCACUGCGUCACCUUCUCCAUCUGCCUGGACGUCUUGGAGGACCCCGUCUCCAUCGAGUGCAGCCACAACUUCUGCCGGGGCUGCCUCUCGGCUCACUCAUCCCAGACAUACCGGUGCCCGGAGUGCCACCACCCCUGCUCCAAGCACAGGAUGAUCCCAGACUCACACGUCAAAAGCCUAGUACAGAAAUUCAGAAACAUGCCACAGAGCGGGAGAGAGACAGAGCGGCAGGGGCCGGGGCCUCCACCGGAGAUGGGGUGCCCGGUGCAGCUGGUGCGUCUGGAUGACAAAGGAGACCUGACCCUGGACGAGGAGGCCCUGAGCCGCUGCCUGGAGCAGGGUGGGGUGGGGGACGCCCCCGUCUGCCUGGUGUCCAUCAUUGGGGAGCAGCGCCUGGGCAAAUCCUUCCUGCUGAACUACCUGCUGCGCCGGCUCCGGAGCCUGGACGCGAGGGACGGGUCAUGGAUGGGCCGGGAGGACGAGCCCCUGGAGGGGUUCGAGUGGCGAGCGGAUGAGCAGCAGGUCACCAAGGGGGUGUGGGCCUGGAGUCAGCCCUUCUGGGUCCCGGCCAAGGGGGGGAAGGUGGCCGUGCUGCUGGUCGACACCGAGGGCUCCAUGGACCUUGAAAGGAACAAGGAGACGAGCGUCAAACUCUCUGCCAUGUCCAUGCUGCUCAGCUCCUACCAGAUACUGAACAUUGGCCGUCAGGUGAAGGACCCGGAUCUCGAAUACCUGGAGAUGUUUGUGCAGGUGGCCGAAGUGGUGGGAAAGAAAUACAGACUGGAGCCCAUUCAGCACCUAGACCUGCUGGUGCGAGACUGGAGCAGCUCCCUGGUCCUCGGAGCCCAGGGUGGGGAGCAGUAUCUGAGAGACGUCCGACAGAGGCUGGCGGUGACGUCCCCCUGCAAACACCCCAAGGCCUUGGAAACGCUGAAGAGAAUCAGCAGCCGCUGUUACCUGAUGCCCUUCCCUGGCAAGCGGAUCAUGAUUGGGAGCGAGGGAACCCUGAGAGACAUGGAUAAGGAUUUCCAGGAGAGCCUGAGGGACUAUGUCACCACCUUGGUGAGCGAAGCCAGUCGACACGUCCGGACGGACCGGCAUGGGGAGCUGCUCACCGGGACACAGCUCGCUGCCAAGAUAAAGAAUUUAUCUGAUGUGAUGAAGAGACAUCGCUCUGGCUUCGCCUCCCCCUGUCAGAUGGUCAUCACCUUCCACAACCAGAGAGUCCUGGACAGAGCCCAUGCAGCCCACGCUGAUUUUCUGAAGAAGAAGGAUGACCUGUCCCAGUGCAUGGACGACUGUCUGAAGGUGGAUCCAGGCGCAAUGGAGGAGCAGUUGGUGGAGCAGCGCAGGUCACUGCUGGGGCGGUGCCGGGAGGAGAUGAAGGAGCUGGAGAAGGAGACCCUGCUGAUGGAGCUAGAGGCGGAGCUGACUCGGGAGGCCAAGACCUUCCUGGAGACCUACAGAAGGCGCUAUCAGCAUCACGCCACCAACAAGAGAGCCAUGGACAGAGCCCGCACAGACUAUGCUGACUUUCUGAAGGAGAAGGGCAGUCUGUCCCAGCGCAUGGUCGACUGUCUGAAGGUGGAUCCAGGCGCAAUGGUGCAGCAGUUGGCGAAGCAGCGCAGGACACUGCUGGGGCGGUGCCGGGAGGAGAUGAAGGGGCCGGAGGAGACCCUGCUGACGGCGCUGGAGGCAGAACUGACUCGGGAGGCCGAGACCUUCCUGGAGACCUACGGAGAGCGCUAUCAGUGUUAUGCCACCAACCAGAGAGCCAUGGACAGAGCCCGCGCAGGCCACGCUGCCUUUCUGAAGGAGAAGGACAGGGAUUCCAGGAACCCAGUUAAAUGCCUGAAGGUGAGGCCGAGCGAGAUGGCAAAGCAGCUCGCAGAGCAGCGUGGGCACUUGCUGGGGCAGUGCCGGAAGGACAUGCUGCCAAAUGAAGAGGCCCUGGGGACGGAGCUGGAGGUGGAGCUGAUGCAGAAGAAAGAGGCCCUGGGGACGGAGCUGGAGGAGGAGCUGAUGCAGAAGAAAGAGGCCCAGCUGACGGAGCUGAAGGCAGGGCUGACGCGGGAGGCUAAGGCCUUCCUGGAGGCCUACGGGAAGCGCUUCAAGAACUUUGCCAUUGCGGCGGGUGCUGCUGCGGGCGCUGCUGCAGGGGUGCUGGUCCUGGCACCGGUGGCUGCAGCUGCUGCUGCGGGAAUUACUGCUGCUGCCAUUGCUGCUGAAGCAGCUGUGGUGCUCGGCAUGACUGAGGCGGUGGCUAUUGGUGUUGGGACGGGCGCCAUGGCUGGGAUGUGCGUGGGUGGGGGCGUGGGAGGGGGAGUUGGUGGGAACAUCGCCCAGCAGGAUAUGAACCGGGCCGAGGCCACUGGCAGUGAAGUGGAGGAGGAUGACCCUGAGGAGCUGUCUGAUACGACCCCCCUGAUCUGAACAGUGCCCCUCCCCCAAUCUAGGGGUGACGGGGCUGUAGCGUGGCCCAGACACGUCAGCCACAAACCACUCCAGACUGGGGCAGUCGUCACCCACAGAUUCUAAGAAGGGACAUUGGUCCAACCCACUCUUCAAAACCUCCAGUGUCUGUGUGACACCCAGGCCCAGCGGUACCAGCUGGCAGAGGGUUCAGUGCCCUGUGUCAGCAACUCCUAACUGGCCUGACAAACUCGCUGCACCUAACCCACCGCUGUAAUGUCAUGGUAUUUUGCCAUAAAUAGUGUCUUGUAAUGCAUCAACUGCA